AUGAAGUUUACUUGGGUACUCCUUUUACUCUCUACGGUCUCAUCCCUGACCAUUCCUCAAACAGAGAAUCUCAUUCGAGAUGUAGACUCUCUGGAAUCUCUGGACUCCCUAGAUUCUACCCACACAGAUCUUAUAACUCUUGAGAAACGGCGUGGUGGUGGUGGAGGCCGAGGCGGUUCAUCCGGAGGAAGCAGUGGAGGCCGUACUGGUUCCUCAGGCUCCUCAGGCUCCUCCGGUUCUGGUUCUUCUGGUUCCUCAGGUUCCUCCGGUUCAAGCGGAGGCAGUCGCAGUGGUUCAAGCAAUGUUGGUGGUACAACCAGUGGCGGCUCUGGCACUCGAGCAACGUACGGUGGAGGCAACUACUAUGCCGGUGGUGCGCGAACUCCAUACAAGUCUGGCUCCCGGUCCCGUGGAGGCAUCGCUCCCUACGUGCUCGGUGGAGCCGCACUGGGCGUCUUCCCCGGUCUUUGGCUGUACAGCGCCUACGCCUACCCUUACAGCCACCACUACAACUACUACAACGAAAAUGCCCACAAGAACGAGUCGCUCCCCGUUGUCUGUGUGUGCCAGGAGUACUCGGAGUGUGGCUGCGACGACAACAACAACAGCACAUACUACAAGUCCCUCUUCAACGGCACCGUGCCCAAGAACUCCAGUAUUGUGCGCGUGGCCGAUGUGAAUGGCACUCAGACCAUCUACAUCAAUGGCACCUUGCCCAACGGUACCACGGCCGAUGAUGGAAGCUCGACUAGUGGAUCGACUAAUGGAUCGACUAAUACUUCCUCGGCAUCUGGGCCUGUCGCGAUGGUCCUACAUGCUAGCGGGUACUGGGUGACCGUUGCCGUGGUGGUGGCCGCCGUCUGGGGAUUAUAA